AAGAAGAAGAAGAGGAGAAGCAACGUUCCAUUUCGGUGUCAGUUAAAAUUCGGAGGACUUCGGAGCGCGUAGCUUCUUGAAGGAACAUGAAGCGAAGAAUAGUGGAUGAGGACUCCACGGAUUACUCCGAUUCAGACACUAUUUCUUCCGCUUCCGCAAGAGGCAGGCCAGUGAAACAGAAGCCUGGCGUCGCGCCACCACAAAGAACUGGAUACCUCGAAACCCUGAGGAACGCCAACGGAUGUAAUGCUACAGUGAUUCUUGCUGCUCUUUCGUUCGUGUUGCUCACCACUGCCAUGGUCAUCUUUUUCCUCGGGUCGCCCAGCCAACCUGAAGUGCAUGAGCACAAGAGGAGACGAAUGUCCGGACACCGCCACCAGGACAUUAGUUCUGGAGGAGACUCCGGGCGCCUUCCAGUGGGCGAAGAGUACGGCGGCGGCGCCACCACCACCGUUCGACCAGACGAAGAAGUGCUCUACGAUCGGACGGAGCCGCGUGGCUGGCGGUUCAGGAAGGUACCAGCCACUACUUUGGUUCCUGAAACGUCGACUGUUGCGAGGCCGACCACAUCCACCACACGGACUGUUGAGACAACCACCACCACCACGACGACGACGACGACGAAAACGCCGACGACGUCGACCACUAUCCCCACCGCGGCCCGCACUUCGGUUCUUCCAAUGAGAUCCAUCAUUCCGACACCGCUGCUGUGCACUGUUGGUCGGUAUGCACGGGCAGACACAAGGUACCCGGAAGACGGCUUGUGCGAUUUCCUCUUUUGCCCCGUCGCCCUGCAGGCCAACUUGCAGUUCAGCAGCUUCAGCGAUGCUUUCCAGGGCUUUCGCGACCAAGCUGCUGCGGCUGGGAAGACCAAGUACGGGAUCGACAUUAAAAUCAGCGAAAUGGAUACUACCCUUGCACGGCUCCAAACCGAGCAAGGGGUGGCGGCGUUUAAGAAACUUUGGGAAAGUAACAUACGACAGCACGGGGUCUUGUACCCCGUUAUCUUCGAUGGUGUCAACUCCAGUUAUGUAGAUAUGAUAAUUGGUCUGCUCAACACAUUGAGAAGACUUCAAGUAAAAUUCAGGACAAACGAAGCAGCCAAACCAUCAUAUAUUUUCGUGGGGCUAGGGGUCGUCCUUCGUGGUAAAAUGGAGUCCAAGAACAUCAAGAACAACUUCACCCGGAUAAUCAGGGAAGUAAAACCGAAUGCAAUUCUUAUGCGAACUCACUACGUGCGCAAGGAUGACGGCGAUCAUAACUGCAGAAUCACGGGUCCUGCCGUAUGGCAAGGGAAUUUUUCUGCUAGGCAGCCUACAUUCUUGGACGCCUUAAGGUUCCUGCAACGGGUGACUAUUCCGGAGAACACAGCCGUGAUUCUCUCGUUCACAGAGGCCGUCCGAUGGUACAGGUGGGACUCUGCGAAUGAAAGCAACUUCAGACUGGGCGAGCGGUGCGUCAUGGACUUUCACACCGAUCUGGUGUCUAAGGGUGCGAUGUGCAGCGACAUAUCAGACAAAGGCCUUGCUGGUGCCAAGAAGCACAGAACAACCCAGCAGGUUUCACUUGUUCAUAGCCACAACUCGUAUGGGCUAGUCUUCGACACCAAGGACACUAUGCGGACAAAGAUGUGCUGGACCAUCACAACAUUCGGCAGUAACCUGGGUUGGGCUAUGUUUGAUCUGGAGUUCGCCGACACGGAAAACAUCUGCAACGACCCAGCUUUCACCAAAGGUUUUGCCCUUCUACGGUGGAUGAGACAUUACAUCGGGACGGGAUUCCACGAGCCGAGUGAAUGCGAGCCCUCAUGAGCUCACAUCACGCAUUUCUUGGUUGUUUAUUUUGUCCAAUCAAAUAAAAAAAAACGGCACCAGCGUUGCAGAGGUGGA